CAAAGAUUACAGAUGUGCCGAUCGCCAUGUAAUGGAUUGACUGGCCAGUGCAUUAUAUGUCAUAACUAUACUUCCAGCAUAUAAGUAUUUGGUGUAGUAUCUCUCCGCACAUCGUUCAUCCUCUAAACUACCUAUUUAAUAGUUUACUAGCACGCUUGGGAAUUGAGCAAUUCGCCUUUUGGUCAACAUGAGCGCUAAAGUCAUUCAAGAUUACGAUGUUGUGGUAGUCGGAGGUGGCAAUGCUGGUCUCGUAGCAGCGCUAUCUGCGGCAGAAACUCCAGGCACAAAGAUUGCCGUCCUUGAAGCGGCGCCAAAAGAAGAGCGAGGUGGAAACAGCCGUUUUGCUGGAGCAAUUUUUCGUGUCGUUCACAAUGGCAGCUCAGAUAUUUUCCCUUUAGUCCAUGAAACCAUGGCCAAAGACAAGGACCGCGUUACCAUUGGACCCUAUACACGCGAGAUGUAUGCAAGAGACAUGUUGAAGACGUCCAAAGGCUACUGCGACAAGGAGAAGAUGGAGGUGAUGUUUGAUCACAGCUUGGAGGUGGUUCAGUGGAUGCAUUCAAAAGGCGUCAAAUGGCAGUUGACGUUGAGCAAAUUCUACGACGAGACGAAGAUUCAUGGGGACGGUGAGAAGAUCAAUAUGCACGCUGGAGGUUGUUUAAUGGCAAAACACGAAGGGGUUGGUUUAACAGAUGACAUUUGGGCGGCUGUCGAAGAGAAAAGUGACAGUAUCACUCCCUUCUAUGGCCAUCCCGUCGUUGAUUUGCUCGCAACCGGAGAUACAGUCCACGGAGUACGUGUUCGCUUACGAGAUACCUUUCUCGAUUUCAAAGGCCAGGUCAUCCUCGCCUGCGGCGGCUUUGAAGCAAGCCCUCGGCUAAGACGCCAGUUUCUGGGCGAAGGCUGGGAUCUUGUCAUUGUUCGAGGGACUCGUUUCAAUACCGGUCGCAUGAUGGAAAAGGCCAUAGCUGCUGGAGCAGGUGACACUGGGCAUUUCGGCGGCUGUCAUGCCACGCCGCAGGAUAUACAAGCACCAAAGGUUGGAGAUCUGAGGGUGACGGACAAGAUGAGCCGUUACUCGUACCCAUAUAGUGUUAUGGUCAACUUGGACGGCCACCGCUUCAUGGACGAAGGCGAAAAUCAGUUCGGACUGACCUAUGCAAAGACCGGCGGGGCAAUUGGGCGGCAACCUGGAGCGACAGCUUACCAAAUAUUUGACCAGAAAACACUGCAUCUCCUUGAACCUCGAUAUAGCACAGCAACCCCUAUUAUUGCGGACACGAUGGAAGAGCUUGCUGACAAGAUCGGUGUGGCUAAGAUGGAAUUUUUAAACACAAUCAGAACCUUCAACGAUGCCACCCAGCCUGGAGAAUUCAAUCCCUUCAAACUCGACGGUCUCAACACUGGAGACAAGCUCGCCAUGCCAAAGAGUAAUUGGGCAAUUCCGCUGGAUAAGGCACCAUUUGUUGCGUACGGAGUCACCUGCGGAAUUACCUUCACAUACGCAGGGCUGAAAACCGAUGAUGAAGCUCGGGUCCUGAACAACGAGGGAUUGGUAAUGUCAAAUCUCUACGCGGUCGGUGAAAUCAGUGGUGGCUUUUUUGCUUUCAAUUAUCCGGGCGGUGCGGGACUGACAAAAGGAGCUGUUUUCGGAAAAAUUGCAGGAAAGGCUGCCGCUGAGGCUGCAAAAUCAGACCAAACAGUUGUGAUCAGGAAUAAUUAG